AUGGAGAUGGCGAUGUGCUACGCGGUGGCGUUCUUGGUCGGUUUUGAAAGUGAAGGGCCGCCGCCGCGGCCGAAGAUGGCGGGCGUGCUGGGCACGCUGAUGUUGCUACCAACAGUACAGGGGCUUUUGCAUGGGGCUGCUGGCCUGCUGCAGGUCCCGCCAGCGAUCGUGGCUUGUCUUGGCAUUGCGGUUGCUGGAUGGAAGUCCUUCUUGUGGGGCAAGAGGACGACCAGCUGGCAAGGAUGUUCUGGCGCCAGGCAAAGUUAUGCGGUGCGGGGUGGCGCGGAAAAGCAAGAACAAAGGCAAGAGUGCAAGCUUGAGCGCGGAGAGGAGCAGUUCGAAGGCACAGGCCUUUGCAAUGUGGGCAACACAUGCUACAUGAAUGGCGUCCUACAGGCUCUCUUCCAUUCCAAGCAGUUAUGCCUUAGGCUGCAAACACAUGUUGCGCAGAGGAAGUGCGCGGCCGACUGCGCCACAUGCUUGCUUUGGCAAACCAACGAACUUCGACUCUUUGGCCAAGCGGACCGUGCGACCAUGGAGAUGUGGAAGCCUUUCUUGCAAGCAGCUGGGCUAGGUGGCGGUGAGCAGCAAAGUGCUGCGGACUUUGCCAUGGCGUUGUGCUCCAAGGCGCGGGGCAGCAAGCCGGUUGUGUAUAGCGCCGGUGCUUCGCAGCAGCGCCACAAGUGCAGCGUGGACACCUGCAGGAGCUACAAUGUCGCGCACAGCACGGAGAUGACCGAGGCUUGGACAGUUCUCCUUGUUGAGAACACGCAGCGCAGUCGCGCCACUGCACAGGCGCAGAUACAGCGCACGUUCCAAGGCCAGUUGCUGCCGCAAGCUUUGAGGUGUGAUGCUUGUGGGGGCCAGAAGGACGUUCUUCAAGAGUCCAGGCCUUUGUCAGCGCCAGAGGUCUUGAUUGUAAGUUUCCCUCGAAACGGCCACGUGGACCCGCACACAGGGCGAUGGUGCAAGAAUGAGCGCGAGGUGGACUGCACAGGGCCAGUGGAAAUCAACGGCACCUUGUACAGGUUUGUAGCAAUAGUGGAGCAUAUUGCUUUAGAUUGCGGUGAUGCUGAACAGGGGCACUUUGUGACAUGGACCAUGGAGGGUGGUAGCUGGCUCCGGUACGAUGACACUGUGGUGACACGAAUAUCUGCUUUGCCGAAGAAGGUUGCCAAGAGCGUGGUGCUGGCUGUGUACGAGACUUGCGUCGUGACUAGCUUUGCGACAGAGCAGGCUGCGACUGGGUCAGUUGCUGAUAUGACACCCACAGACCCUGCAGCCAACGCGGAAGAGAAUGCAGCAGGAAGCAUUGCCCCCGCAACGACAGAGCUGGCGUCCACUGUCCUGGACUCGCAGGCUGGGGAGGCACUGCAGUCAACAGCAGGGGUGGACGCAAAAGCGGAGAGCCUUGGCUUGCAGACCUUGCCCUUUGCGGAAACCGCUGAUGGCACCCUGGAGUUCGAAAGGGAUGUGGUCGCUGCCUUGUCCAUCUUCCAAGCCGGUGAGGAUGUAGCUGCGUUUCUCGCGAACCUGCCGGCUUACAGCGUGCGAUCCUUAGCAGAGAUUUUGGCAAUGGAGCAAGCAGACGUGAAGGAGCAGUUGCCUGCUGUGAUUGCCGGGUUUGAAGCUGAUGAGUUUGGCGGGAAGCAGGCGGUGGAGCUGCAGUACCCGCUGUGGCGGACAAGUUUUUACCCAAUCUUGGUCCUCAUGGAGGCAUGGAGUCGGAGCACUGGCAUGCCGACCGUGUUCUACUACGAUGCUUUCUGCGCGCUUCUAAUGGGUCUGCUCCACAAAGAGAUCUGCGUGGAUGUGGCGGGCUACCCGUGUCGCAGCCGAUACUGGGCCAUUGGCACAGCGCGCCCUGGAAGCGGGAAGAGUCCGGCAGUGGACCCGAUGGUUGAGUGCCUUCGCAGCGUGUUGCAAGAGAAUCUGCACCUCGCAGCUGGAUGUGGCUGGGACAAGUUUCAUUUGUUAGGUCCGGGCACGCAUUGUGCGGCUGUGGACAAGCUAAAGGUGACAGAUGGCUACGCCACGCUCAUAGCUGGUGAAGGCGGCCCUAUGCUCUGCCCAUCCUAUCCUCAAAAUGGCACUUGGAAUCAAUCCACACACAUCAACUUUUCCAGGUUCUUGGACAGCGCUACAGGGGGCGAGGUGCCGUGGGAAACUGCCAUUGACCGCAAGGCCAAGAAAGAGUCGGCGGAGGACAAGGUUGUGCCGGUCAAAGGUGUACCCUUGCAGAAGACCAACGUAACCUUUGCUUUGCUGCAGCAGCUGUCCGUGUGGCAGAACUGGUGGGUGGCUAGCGAGGUUCGUAGCCAAAUUGGUUUGCCGCAGCGGUGCAUGUUCUCAUUCGGAGCUCUCCGGGAUCCAGGCCCGCCUCGCCUGCAGGGCUUUGAGAAGCAGGUGGUGAUGCCCAUUCUGCGCCGCAUCUUUCAGUCUGUGCUGAAGUCAAUAGGUUGCAAGGCGCCGAUGGCUAUAGAUGCGCCUGCAAGAGAGUGGAAGCUCACGCCGGCUCUGAAGGAGGUGUUCCACGCAUACCGUCUGACUUGCCGGGAUGUCACCAAACGCACUUUUUUUGGAGAGACGUUGGCAACUGGACUGCACAAGGCGCCUUAUUGGGUGAGCACAGUGGCUCUUUUCGGAACUUUGAUGGAGGAGCUGUGGACCAAGACAACCUUGCCAACGUGGAGUGGCCAGCUGAGCGCGGAGGGGCUGAAGAUGGCCACGCUAUGCUUUCAGGGCGUGGAAGCGAUGGGGGAGCUCCUUCGCACCUUGGUGGGCUCAGGGUGGCGCGCAGAGUGGACGCGGCGGUGCGGCCCGCCCUUUCGCAACUUGCCGGCCCCGCUAUGGAAAGAAGGCCCGUAUGAGGAGUUAGCGGAGCGUGGUCUUGGACAAGUGCGUGGGCAAUGCUUCGACAAUGGGCAGGAGCUAGUCUUUGUCAAGUUCGCCUAUUCAGUGUUGCCCAAGGAAGCCAAGGAUUCGCUGAAGGAAAUGGGCGUUUGCGAAACUUUGCUUACCAGCCUCACUCUUUCCCAUGUGGCUUGCAGGCAGCUUUGCAGCGAGAAGAAGGCGCAGCCGAAGCCGGCUAUUGCUCCAAAGAGGUCAGCGACGACGCCGACUGUAAAAGAAGGAGAGCCGCCUUGCGCGCCAGAGGAGGGCCCAAGCACACCAGCGGAGAGUUGGGCGAUAAUCUUUCACGGGAAGCCGUGCGAUGGCGCAGAUGUGGCAACCUACACAGGCUUGCGGAAGGCAGUGGAGCGUCUUCUUGGACGGCGGAAAGACCAAGGCAUUUACACCUUCCAUGAGAAGCAGUUGAAGAGGGACGGCAAAACGUUGCUGGGGGUCUGCCAGCAAAGUGUGUGCGCCGGCUGCACACGACAGGUGAAGGCAACGCUAACCUUCGAAGAGAAAGGGCCGCUGCUUUGCGUGGAGCAAAAAGGGUGCCAUGGGAAACUGCAGCCCCCGCGCGGCGGCUGCUUGUGGACAUGCGCGGAGGCGUGCGCUUUGGAAGGGCUGGAGGAGAAGCGGCCAAAGGUCACGUCAAAGGAUGUGCGAGAAGCCUUGAAGGCCCAGAACUUGAGCCUACGAUGCAGCAAUACUCAACUGCACAACUUUGUAGUGCGAUUCAACAACGCAGGCCCACCACGCUCUGCCAAGAGCAAGGUGACGUUGAGCGAGCUGCAAAACGCAGCGCUACAGCACACGUGCCCCAACAUGGAGGCCUGGCAGACUUGGAAGGUGUCGCAGCUCCUUGUCUUGCCGUCUUCAACCUUUGAGGCGGACAGGAUCUGUGUGAUGUGGACCUGUCCGGGCAUGCUGAGACACGCUCAAGCUCUGCAAGAGAAGGUUGUGAAGCUUGCAGUGGACGCAAAGCAAAAAGUUGUUGCCAACGAGUACGGCAUUGUAACUUUGUCCUUCUUGGUAAGCAGUGCGGUGCCAAGCAAGACGUGGGCCGGGGCCACGCACACCAAGUCCACUUCGGCGCACACAGCAACACAAGAGCCAUUCCUGCAAGCGUUGGUGGACACGGAGUCAGAGGCCAACAUGACCCAAAUUUUCACGGAGGCGUGCGAGCUGGCUGAGAGGCACUGCGGCCUGGACCUCCGCGCGCAGGUUUGGCAAGUUCAUAAGGACUACGCGAAAGGCAUCGAGGCCUCGCGCCGCAAAGUGUUUCCUUACGCACGCCCAUGUGAUGACUAUGCUCACAUGCGGCGAGCAACCUACAAGGGCAUGCAGAAGUACUUGCCGGCCAAGAAGACCCCAAAGGUGAAAGCGACACCCAAGACUAAGGGCAAGAAGCGGGGCGCCUCGUCAAGCCCGGAGAGACCUGCCACGCCGGCUGCAGAAUUGACAAGCACGCCGGACGGGAGCACCUUUGGCUACUGGGAGAAAAUUGUCCAGAUUAGCCGCGAGGUGCCGACUGUGCAAUUGUUCGAUGCGGUCUGGCAAUUGGCCUUCCCGUGGCUACGGUUUGCAUGGGAGGAGGAGAAGACUUUCGUGACAUGGCCCGCCCGCUCCGCAGAUGCAUUGUUCAACAGCAAAAGUCUGCGGUCCGCGGGCAGAUCCCCUGCGAGGGGUUUUUGGGAGCAUCGGGAGCCGCGGCUGUGUGGCAAUCGCAACUACCGCCAGGUCUACAUCCGCACUGGGGAAGCAGGCGGAACCGAUGUGGACGGUGUGACAACUUUCUGGGUUCUGCAAAGCAGACUGCAGGGAGGCGUGAUGCCUGCAGAGGCGGUCGUGACGCCGCAAGUGGCCGAGAUGGUCGCAAACCUCAUAGCUUCCGAAGGCCCGCAGCUCGAAAAAUGGUUGUGCAAGGCUGGCAUUGCCAAGGAUGGGGAGUUGGAAUUGAAAGCGUUGCAGAAGUACAUGCAGCAGUACUGCGCAGUGUUGGAGGGGCGGUGGGUGCGGCACCACGUCGAGAGCCCGGUUGCGCCAAGGUCACCGGAGCCGCGGCACUGCUUCGACGGCCUGGUCUUCCGCAAGCUGCUCCUGGCCCUGCGUGCCGGGGAGGACCUGCGCAGAGGUUUGGGCAGCAGCGGCCAGAGCCGCGGGCUGCGGCGCCCGGGCCGGCGCCCGAAAGCCCCACCAGGCGGCGGCGCCGGCGUCGGCGUCGGCGGCCUGGUGGCCACGCGCGCGGCGCAGCUGGCGCGGCGCUUGUGCGCUUUGCCCUUGGCCACAGAUGAUGAGCAAGAGACCGAGGACAAGCUGGAGGAGCUAAGGCUGCGAGAGGAGGUGUAUGCCAGCGGUAUUAUUGUAGCACUUUGGGUCUAUGGCCUCCUGCAAGAGCGCAUCAUGUCGCAGCCCUACGACGGCGUCAUGUUUGGCGACUCCGUGUUCCUGGUCUUUUGCAAUAGGUUCGUGGCGAUUUGGUUCGGGCUGGGCAUGGCCACCGCCCAGGGCGAGGAGGUGGGGCUGAAGGCGCCGGUUUGGCGGUACAUGAUCGUGUCCUUGUCCAACGUCUUCGCGACCACUUGCCAGUAUGAGGCGCUGAAAUACGUCUCGUUUCCCGUGCAGAUGCUGGGAAAGAGCUUCAAGAUGAUGCCCGUGAUGUUGUGGGGUAUCGUUAUCUCGUCCAAGCGAUACGCAUUGAAGGAGUGGGCCGUGGCCCUGCUGGUCACCUGGGGUGUUACCCAGUUCCUGCUCACUGGGCCCAUUGCCAGCCCCUCCGGGGUGAACGACAGCGGCGCCAGCAACAGCAUCAAAGGGCUACUGCUGCUUCUUCUCUUCCUGGCGUUGGACGGCAUUACGUCACCGAUGCAAGAGAAACUCUUCAAAGAGUACAAUCUUUCGAAGUACAAUCAGAUUCUUUGGGUCAACACCUGCUCUGCCGUUGUAUCGAUGAUCACGCUUCUGAGCACCGGGUCCUUCUCUUCGGCCCUGAGCUUCGCCGGGCAGCACCCCGCGUUGUUGGGGGAUGCGGCAGUGCUCAGUGCGGCACAGGUCUCGAGCCAGUGGUUCAUCUACUCGCAGGUGAAGGAGUUUGGCGCCGUAGUCUUUGCUGCUACCAUGAACGUACGGCAGUUGUUCUCCAUCGUGACUUCCUAUAUUCAGUAUGGUCACCACGUCACAGGCCUGCAGGUGGUUUCUUUGCUUCUGGUCUUCGGCGCUCUCUUCUUCAAGAGUCCCUCGGCCGCAAACGGAAGCACCAUGGGAAAUCAAAAUCCCUUCCCCCCAACAACCAGAUCCGUCCUAGACAUUCCUUGGCGGCAGGCUAUGAAUAGGGUCUAG